GUUCUCUCACGUUGCGAUGGCACUGCCUGCGCUAUAUGCAGAAGACUGAUGACUGACCUCUCCUUCUCCUCUCUAGAGUUGAUGGUUGUAUUAAUUUGAUUGUGUGUCGUUGUCGUGUGCCUCAAGAGGAAAAAAGAAACGGGAAAUUUGGAAUGAAAUAUUCUGCGUGAAUUUGUGAACAAUUAUUGCAGUUUUCGUAGAAAAAGUUACAUUAUUACAAAAUCCCACUGACAAAGUCCGAAUUGGCGAUCGAAGAUCGGAUUUCCGUUGCCUGGAAGACACGAUAAAACGAUUUUACCAGUUAGCUAAGAAGGGGUUGCCUUGGAAAGAGCUAGUCAGUGUUUUAUAGGGGAGUGCAGCAGCAGCAGUAUCACAUUCGCCUAACGUUGGCAAGCAGACACGUUCGUACACAUGGGCGUCGUGGUAUUUUUUCUAUUAGGCAACAAUCAAAGUCGCUGAGGGAGUAAGUGAUUGCCGAAGCACCAGCGAUAGAAAUAGAAGAGUGGCUCUAGAAAAAACCGUAAAGGUUUGUUAGUUGGAUUAGAAGCAGAAGCAGCAAACAGCAAACAAACUCUGGCAGGCGCUGAGAAAGUGUUGUAAUGUAUUCAGUGAAAUUUGUUUUUCCUCAUCAUCAUUGCCGCAAUCGUGGAAGUUUGCCUUGAGCUUCAGCCGCAGAGUGGUAGCAGAAAUUUUGUUUUGUAUUUCGAAAUUUUCCGGAGUGAAGAGAUUUUACGUACCGCAGCAGCAGCGUAACUCUUCCGGAGUAAAAGCGGUCAUUUCGUACACUAGGGAUCGAGGAUGAUUGUGCAGGAACCAGUGCAGGCGGCAAUAUGGCACUGUCUGAACCAUUACGACUAUCAGGAUGCAAUUUUUCUUGCCGAGCGACUUUGUGCCGAAGUGGAAUCGGAGGAAAGUUUAUUUCUACUGGCGACUUGUUACUACCGAGCCGGGCAAAAGCACCAGGCCCACUGGCUCCUGUCGACCAAGAGCGCUCGUUCGACGCAGUGCCGGUAUCUGCUAUCCAAGUGUGCCUUCGAUUUGAAACAAUACUCGGAAGCGGAGCACACGCUAAUCAAUGAUGACCACCUGCGGGCGAAACAUCUGGACGAGGUGGCAAAAGAAUUUGGUGAUAUCGGGUGUUUUGCGUUGGAACUGUUAUCGAAGAUAUGCCAAAAGACUGAGCGAUCCGGAUUGGCCAACGAUGCCAGUCGGAAAGCGGUAAAGCUGAAUCCAUUCAUGUGGCAUUCGUUUGCCGACUUGUGCAACCGGGGAGAGAAACCGGACCCCAAUACUGUGUUCCAGGUGGCCAGCACCGAUGUGUUUGCAACUAGCCAGGCAUCGCAUCCGGCCCUCAACUCGUCCGUGGUGUGGUUCGGAAAUGUUGGCACCGCUGGGAUAGGUGGUGGUGGUGGAGGAGGAGGCGGAGGCGGAGGUGGGUUAUUUUCAACGGCCGAAAACGUUGAGCAGCAGCUUCUUAGCGGUGGGAUUUUUUCCACUCCCAUGGAUCAGGUUUCGCAGUGUUUACUACAAAAUCUAAUCACAACGCCAAAUAAUCCUCCGCAUCAGCAACCUCAGCAGGGUCAAAACAUUAGCAGUAUAGCAAAUAUGCGAAUGGGUGGUGGUAAUCUCAAUAUGGACGAUCAGUCGUUCAACUUUGGGGCCGAUGCUGGAACACCUUUCCGGAAGCAACAGUUCAAGUAUCUGGCAGCGAUGAGUCCAACAACUCCUAGCUUCGGUGUCCUACCGAUCCUCAAUAGUCCCGCUCUGAAUGAGCAGUCGGCACUGAUAAUGACUCCAUCGCCGCAGCAACUUUCUUCGGCUACUGGAUUCCAGCAACAACAGCAGCACGGUCAACAGCAAUCGCAAGGCCAACAGCAAACUCAAGGUCAGCAAGGGCAGCAGCAACAGCAGCAGCAAAUUAUAUCCGACUGUGAUCAACAGAAAAUGGCACUGCUUAGCAGUAACAAGAAAAUGCGAGGCCACCACAAUAUAGGUACGAUGGGAAACAUCAUCAACCGUAAGAAUGACACACCGGCAACGACGAUGCUGCUACAGCAACAGAGCACAAACACAAAACCCGUAGUGUUUAGCCAGACCGGUAACCAGCUGACGACGCCAAGAACACCCAACACCACCGGGGGUGCACUGCAAGCCCAAAACGUACGCCGUAGUUCACGGCUUUUCAGCAACAACAAUUACUCCGUCAAAGAAAAUACCAAAAGUCCCCAGCUCAACAAUAAAUUUGUUGCGCCGCGAUCGCCACCGCGAAAGUCGAAGCAGCGUAUCUCGAAGAAUCUGAACAGCAGCGCUGCCAAUCUGCUUGAGAAUGUGGAACGGAAAUCGUCCGUCGGUAGUGACGGGAAGGAGAAGAUCGAAACCAUUACCUCCAGCGAGACGCUGAGCGAGAAGGUGUUCAUCAACAACAGCAUCAACAGCGCCCAGAAGAUGGCCCAGCAGGUGCUGGCGAUGAAGAAACAAAGUGCCGAUGGGCUGAUGACCCUGCUGAGGGAACUCGGUCACGGUUAUCUACGUUUGCAGUGCUACGAGUGUGAAAAGGCCAUCGAUCACUUCAGCAAUGUUUCGCCGCAUCACUACACCAGCAGCUGGGUGCAGAGCAUGAUCGCACUGGCUCAUCACGAAAUGAGGGAAUACGAAUCGGCGGUCAAUAUUUUCCGGGAGAUUCACGAUCGGGAACCGCACCGGUUGCAGUACAUGGAAAUCUACAGCACGGAUCUGUGGCAUUUGCAGAAGGACGUGGUACUGUCAGCGCUGGCCCAAGAUCUGAUGGCGCAGGACAAAACCUCACCGAUUACGUGGUGUGUCGCCGGCAAUUGCUUCUCCGCUCACAAAGAGCAUGAAACUGCGAUUAAAUUUUUCUUUCGUGCAAUACAGGUGGAUGAAGACUUCCCGUAUAGCUACACUCUGCUUGGUCACGAGCUGGUGAUGACCGAGGAGCUCGAGAAGGCUCUGUCGAUGUACCGGUACGCGAUCCUGAGGGACUCGCGCCACUACAACGCCUGGUUCGGCAUCGGUACUAUUUUCAGCAAGCAAGAACGGUACGAACUGGCGGAGCUGCACUACCGCAAGGCGUUGGCGAUCAAUCCGAAGAAUUCCGUAAUUAUGGUACACAUCGGAGCGAUGCAGUUUUUCCUGCGGAAAACGGACCAGGCUCUGCGGACGAUGAAUGCGGCCAUCGCGUUAGAUCCGAAAAAUCCGCUGUGCAAGUUUCACCGGGGUUCCAUGUACUUCACGAUGGGCCGGUUUCAGGAAGCGCUGAAGGAGUUGGAAGAACUCAAGCAGAUCGUGCCAAAGGAAGCCGUGGUUUACUACGUGAUGGGCAAAAUUUACAAAAAACUGGGCAAUGUGGAUUUGGCUCUGAUGCACCUGAGCUGGGCCACCGAUCUUGGUUCGAAGGGGGCAAACAAUCAAAUCAAGGAUAAUUUUGAUUCGAUCAUGCGGACGCAGGACGGAGCAGGUGGAUCGACUUCUGGGACGACUGGGUCGAACAGCGAAGCAGCUGACGGAGCUGGUGAGGAUGGUGGUGUUGGCGGCGGCGGCGGUGCUAGUGGCGGUAACAACGAGGCCGAUGUUGGUGAAAGUAGCAGUGCCGAUCCGGACUUUUCAGUCGGCGGAGAGCAGGCCUCUAGCGACGACUCAACCGCUAAUGCACGGAACGAAUCGAUCGACGUCAUCAGCGGUAACCUGUAUGAUAGUGAUAGUUACUAGAGCAAAUUUGUUUUAUCGUUAGUUUUCUUCCUACAUUUUGGAAUAGCACUCGUGUGUACAGAUCGCCUCGACGACUCAUCUGCAAAGUACUAGGAAUUUCAAUUUACCCUCAUCCCUCCCCCUACUCUCCUCCUCAACAGUUUCUCUUCCUUUGAUGCGAUCGGUUUGUCUAGCUUGAACGGCGACUCCUCUCCUCCCCCAGGGGGCUCAGAGUUGUCCAUUCAAUCUCUAUUCGUCUCCUCAGCCAAACGAAACUGGUGACUGACUGUGUGUAGAAUCGUUAAUCCCACCAACGCGAACCGGAAGAGAAAGAGUAUCGAUAGUAAGCAGUCUGCAUUUCUUCAGCAAACCGAUAGCUCAGUUCUAUUCUAAAUCAGGUGAAUUAACAAAUGUCUCUUUGUCCCGGAGAGUGCAAAAAAUUAAAAAAAAAAAUAGCCAUUGUGAAUGAACAAACAAAACAAUUUAGUCUCGAUAAUAGCAAAGACAUACUACCUACGAAUAAAUCAGUACAUUUUGAAUUAAUUUGAUUGAAUUGUUGGAUUCCGUUGUUUAGCCGCGAAAUCGAUUCAGACAAGACCGUACAACUCACAGCGUGUAGCGUACAUUACUCCAAGUGAUUCCACUAAAACUAAAACUGAGACGACAUUCUUUAAAGGCAGAGUACCUAGUGAAAUCUCUGAUGAUUCCGCUGAAUGUGUGGGUGUGUGUAUGUAUGUUAGUAGUGCAAAAGAUAAAAAAUAAGAAAACAAAAAAAACAGAACUGGCAAUGUCUGGGCGUGUGUGGAAAGUUGAAGAUGAAAAUGAUGAACAAUCGUGUUUCCAAGAAGCGACCGACGGAUUCGACUAGCAAAAACCAUAAAGAAAAGGUGUGAAGACAAGAAGCAUAAAUAAAUCGUUUGUAUGAAAUAUUUAAAUAA